GUGCCCAUCAUUACCAAACCUGUAGUGAAGAGUUCGCUCUUUCAUCCGCCCUUUCUCUUCACGCCGACACUGAAUGCGAGCGCAAACUGUCCGCGAACUUUCAAAAAGGCCAAAAAUAUUGUCGGCGUCAUAGGCCCGGCGUCCAGCACUGUCACCAUUCAGGUCCAGAAUCUGCUGCAACUUUUUAAUAUACCACAAGUGGGUUAUUCAGCGACGAGUCGAGACCUGAGCAUAAAAUCCUAUUACAAGUACUUCUUGCGUGUCGUGCCAUCAGAUCUACUUCAGGCCCGAGUGAUG